AUGGCCGCGGCCCUGUGCCAUGCCGUGUAUGAUGAGGACGCUGCGAGGGUGUUAUCGCCUACACAGGCAGCCGUCGUGCCGAUCCGCAGCCAGUUGGCCAGACCCGUUCUCGUGUACGACCACAAGAGCAAGACCAGCCAUAGAGUCGAGGCUGACGAGGUGUUGAAUUUUAUUGUAGGAUGUAAUGCUGAGAGAACUCUGGUGGAUGUUUAUGCUGUGGCAUGGCUUCCGGGGCUCUAUCCCCAUCAACGUCUGGCCCAGAGGCAAGCCGUCCGGAGUCUCCGGAGUGGCCAUGCCUAUAGCAUCCUCAUGGAUUUUCGAAAUGAAGUCGUGCUACAGGAGGAGGUGGCGGCAGUUGCAACGCAACAGCCGGUAGACGUGCUGUAUGCCACAAACAAAUGCCACCGUGCAAGUCCGGUGCGGUGGCUCCUGGCAAGAUCGCGCCGCGUGCUUUACGCUGCCUUCCGAGGGACGGAUUAUGCGCAAGAUGCUGCGAUUGACCUCAGCGCCGUGCCAGAUUUUCACAUUUUCAACGAGCACGGCAUCGGGGUACACAGUGCGAUCGCCCACGCCCUCGAGCAGGAGGGAGAUGAAACGAAUCAUGUCGUGCGUGAUGUUCUGAGAGCUUUGGAAGAGCAUCGUCAACCUGAAGAGCGGCUGGUCCUCUGUGGACACUCGCUCGGUGGAGGCUACGCCCAAGUAAUGGCUGUCCACCUGUUGAUUCGCAAGGUGGAUGUCGCGGCCGUGCGAACCUUCGGUGCUCCGCAUGUCCUGGUACCACAGCGUAAGUCUCCGAGGUUUUGGGAAAAGCUGCACUCGAUCACCCAGCAUUGGGUGCACGACUGGGACCCCGUUCCCAGGCUGCCCCUUUGCAAGACCUGGCUGGUUGAUGUCAUGCCAAGGCUCAAGCUGGAAGUUGUCAAGGGAAUCAGAGUUGGAAUUCCCGCCAGGUGCGUUGAGCGACUUCGGCAGGACUGCGACAGAACUAAGUCACUUUUGCUGGAGAAAUACGAUGUCGUGGGCAAAGUCGUCUUGGUGAGCCUGGCGCUACCCAGGAUGUGGUAUCACUAA